UGGAAGACAGUGCUUGGAAUAAAGCGUGGGGCUUCCUCCCCUCCUGGCAUUUUCUGGGUUGCAAGUCAGCCAUUCUCCUUUCUCUCUGUUGCUAGGAAGAUGAUCCAGUACACCAUCUUGGUGCUGUGCACGCAGCUGGAUUGGAGCGUGUUGCUUAAUCCGAAGGACCCCAAUGUUUGCAGCUACUGGGAAAGCUUCACCAGCCCCUCCAAGGAGUCCCAUGCGCAGCCCUUUGCCCAGGCCUUCCAGGGGCCUUGUGAGAGGACCUGGCCCUUCCGGAAGAUGUGCACUCAGCACAGAGUCGUGUACAAGGCAGCCUAUCGGCAAGCAGUGAAGGUGGACUACAGGAAGCGCUUUCGCUGCUGCACGGGGUACUACGAGAGCAGCUCCAGCUGUGUCCCACACUGCACCCACGAGUGUGUGCACGGGAGGUGUGUGGCUCCAGACCAGUGCCAGUGCGAGCAGGGAUGGAGGGGCGCCGACUGCUCCAGCGAAUGCAGCAGCCGCUCCUGGGGUCCCGACUGCAGGGAGCACUGUGCGUGUGCCAACGGGGGCUCCUGCGCGCCCUCGACGGGGGCCUGCGCUUGCCCGGCAGGCUACACGGGCCCGCUGUGCCAGGAGCCCUGCGCGGCGGGAACCUACGGCCAGGGAUGCUCGCUGGACUGCCAGUGCGGGAACAGCACCGGCUGCGACCGGGAGACCGGGGGCUGCUUCUGCUCCCCGGGCUAUGCUGGGCCACACUGCGAGUUCCCCUGCACCAGGGACGCCAGCGGAUGGCGGUGCCAGGAGCACUGCUCCUGCCAGAACAGGGGGAUCUGUCCCUCCCCAGGGAUACAUGAGUGCACCUGCCCCCCUGGCUGGAUGGGCGCCAUCUGCUCCAUCCGCUGCCCGGAGGGACGCUUCGGCUCCAGCUGCCAAAGGGAGUGCCAGUGCCACAACGGAGGCCGUUGUGACCCCGAAUCAGGGCAGUGCCAGUGCGCACCGGGCUACACUGGAGAGCGGUGCCGCGAGGAGUGCCCCGUGGGCAGGUACGGGCAGGACUGCCGCCGGGCCUGCGACUGCGCCAACGGGGGGCGCUGCUUCCACGUGGAUGGCGCCUGCCUCUGCGAAGCCGGCUUCCUGGGCAGCCGCUGUGAGGAGCGCAAGUGCCUGCCUGGCCUGCACGGCCUCAGCUGCCACUUGCCCUGCCUCUGCGACACCCAGCACACCCAGAGCUGCCACCCGCUCUCCGGGGAAUGCACUUGCCGGCCAGGCUGGGCAGGGCUUUUCUGCAACGAGACCUGUCCCCCGGGUUAUCACGGAGCCGGGUGCCAGCACCCCUGCCUGUGCCUGAACGGGGGGACCUGCAGCAGCGAGACCGGGCUCUGCACCUGCCCAGCCGGAUUCCUGGGUGAGCACUGCUCCAGCCCCUGCCCCGCCGAGACAUAUGGCCUGAACUGCUCGCACCACUGCACCUGCCAGAACGCCCUGGCCUGCUCCCCCAUCGACGGAAGCUGCACCUGCAAGGAAGGCUGGCGAGGACCAGACUGCGCCCUGCCCUGCCCGGCUGGAACGUGGGGCUCCGGCUGCAACCGCACCUGCCUCUGCGCCAACGGGGCGGCCUGCGACCCGGCCGACGGGCGAUGCGCGUGCACACCAGGCUGGGCCGGGAGCAGGUGCCAGGAGCCGUGCCCAAACUGGUUCUACGGCCUGAGCUGCGGCAGCAAGUGCUCCUGCCAGAACGCGGACGGCUGCGACCCAGAGUCGGGACAGUGCCGCUGCCGACCCGGGUGGACAGGUUCCCUCUGCACCAAGCCCUGCUCCUGCAGGAACGGUGCUGCCUGUUCUCCAAAGGACGGGAGCUGCGACUGCCCGCCCGGCUUCCGUGGCCCCACCUGCCAGCGCCCCUGCCAGCCGGGGCGCUACGGCAAGAGGUGCUCCAUGGCCUGCACUUGCGCCAACCACUCCGCCUGCCACCCCGUGGAUGGCUCCUGCGCGUGUCCUCCUGGGUGGAGGGGCAGCGACUGCUCGCAGCGCUGCACUCCGGGGUUCUUUGGGCAGAACUGUGCCCGGACGUGCCAGUGCGUGAACCAGGCCCUGUGCGAGGCAGAAAGCGGGAGCUGCUUGUGCCCCCCGGGCUUCACCGGGUCCCGCUGCGAGACAGAAAGCCCUGGGGAGGAUUCCCUCGCUACGGUCCCGGCCCCCCCUGCAGGCUCCCCGUCCCUCGGUGCCGUGGCCGGCAUCGUCGUCGCGGCUGCCUUGCUGCUGGCCCUGCUGGUGCUGCUGCUCUGGUGCCGGCAGUGGCAGAAGGCCAAGGAGCGCCAGCACCUCGCCGUGGCCUACGCCGCCGGGAGGCCGGAGAGCGCCGAGUACGCGGUUCCAGACAUCCCUGCCAGCUACGCCCACUACUACUCGAACCCCAGCUACCACACCCUGUCUCCCUGCUCGCCGUGGGUCCCCAGCCCCAGCAGCCUGGAGCAGCCGGGCUCCAGCAAGCUGAUCAGCAGCCCCAAGCGGGAGUGGCUGGGAACGCAUGGGGCGGACUGCAACGCCACUCUGCCGGCGGACUGGAAGCACCACGGGGCAGCCGUGGCACGGAGCCACGUGGGGCAGGGUGGGGGCCUGAUAGACCGCAGCUACAGCUACACUAACGGGCUCAGAAAUUAUAAAGGUGGCGUUGAAAUACAACCCACUCAGCUGCUGAAAAGCAUCAUUAUGACCCGAAUCCGUUCCGAGGCAGGAGGAGCAUUUCUCCUUCCAAAGGUGCAAGACCAGUCUUUUGGCUAUCCAAGGCUGCAGAACAUCCAUUUGCGAGGUCCUCCAGGGAGCGCGGAAAUAAUUCAGAAGCACACGUGCCUCGGUUACAGCAAUGAGGAGCCCCUGGGACGAAGCGACAGCUCUCUGAGCAGCGAGAACCCCUACGCCACCAUCAAGGACCUGCCCGUCCUGCUGGGCAAGCCCACGGAGAGCAGCUACAUGGAGAUGAAGUCCCCCUCCAGGUGCGGGACGGCCGACGCGGAGGCCGGCCUCUCAGGAGAGCCUGCCCGGGGCCCGGACGCCGAGGAGGCGGCCGAAGGAGGCAGCAGCUUGGCUGGGGCUGAUGGCGCACCCCACGGAGCAGCAGCUGCCCUAGCCAUUCCCCCGAGCCACUACGACUCCCCCAAGAACAGCCACAUCCCCUGCCACUACGACGUGCCCCCCACCCGGCACUACCCGCCUUCCCCGCCGUGCCGGAGACAAGCCAGAUGAAGGCCCGUCCUCCUCCUCCUCCUCCCUCGAUGGAGCCUCUUUGGCAAAGGCGGAGGGCCCAAGUCGGAGCUUCCUGUGCAAUGGAGGACUCCCGCGGUUGCUGGCUUCCCACCUGGGGGUGGCCACGGAGAUGCGCAAGCACAGCUCUCCAGCCACCUUGCGCCUGCUGUGCGGGACGGGCGGUGGCAGCCCAGCCCCGGCUCAGCCAGCGGGCCCCUCCGCGCCCUCGUGGUGCUGGAUCGCCGAGGGGACACGUGAGCUCUGGAGCGGCCAGCCCCGGGAGCAUCCCCCCUGCGCCCCCACUGCUGCCCGUAGGCGAGAGCAGCUGCUUCUGGUCCCACGGAACCCAACAGCGCCAAGAGACCGAAGCAGUGGGAGGAAGUCGGAGCGAAGCUGGUCGCCUGCCGAACUUAGGAAUUCACGCAGAGACAGAGAAGUGGCCAACGGUUUUGCUUUCCCGUUUCGGAGCCCUUGGAAAGCUUCCGCAUUUGUGCUGCGCGGCUGCGAUUGCCAGGGAAGCGGCAAGCCCCCCCACCCCAUGCCCACCCGCGUCCAGAGCCUCCAGCUGCUCGCAUCUGGGCUGAGCCCUCAGUGACAAAUGCCACAGCUCACGUCCUGAAAGGACGUGUCCGCGCUGUUUUCCGGGACCGGCGACAUGCCGGCUGCUUUGUGCAAGUAAAGAGUCGCACCGUCAA